AUGGUCUGGGUUCAUAUCCUACUCCUGACUGUUGUGUACUAUCCGCCCAGUGCGUACACCGCAGUCCGGUAUUACAAGGCAUCUAACUACUUUGUCAGCAAUGCAGGCGAUCCAAAAACAAACUUCUCUACUAUUCAAAAAAUGACAACUGGCGGAUUCUCCUACAGUAUGCUGCCGCAGAAGAAACUUUCUUUUCAGCAAGCUGAGCAGUUUUGUCUUCAGGAUUCUUCCAAUCCUAUGCACAUCUCUUCAGUUUUGAAUGAGCAAGAGUGGCUUCUCAUCUGUAAAAUGUUUGGAAAUGAACAACCACUACAGAUAUGGCUUGGAGGCGAAGUCAAACGAAGUCCAACGAAACCGACAUUCAAUUUAUAUUGGAUUGAUCGGAAUCCGUUUAGUUAUCAUCGAUUCUCGAAGGAAGAGCAGAAUGCGUGGUUGGACAACAGGAAGCCCCUCGACACUGGCUGCCUUGCUGCGGAGCUCACAAAGGACGGCAGCGGAAAUUGGACUGUAGUACAUGCGCCGUGCACUGAAGCUCGUGCUUUCAUCUGCAAGGGCGUCCAUAAAAAUGAACAACCCGACCACUUCAUAGAGCGUCCUUUCCUAAAUGCCCUGUCUCAAUGGCCUCUCGAUCUUCUUAUCAAGCGCCUCACCUCCUGGCGCCUUCUGGACCCCUGGUUACUGAAUGAGUUCCAGCGUGAAGCUACAGCUGAGGAUUCGAAGCCUUUCCGGGAUACCACGGUCGUACCAAUUUAUCAAAGUGAUGGAGACGAUGGUUUGGACAAUCAGAGAGAACCGGUUAUCCUGAGCCCAGUAACCCCGAGGCCUCUUCCAGCAGAAAGAAACGAAGUAGUUGAUAAAAACUCGACAAGAAUCGAGGAGCCAGCACAUGAACCUACGACCACAGGGGAAGAAUCGAUGUUUGCCGCUGAUGCCCCAAGUAUCAUAGACACAAAACCUAAGUCCACAGGGUUGCAGCUUGAUGAUGAUCAUGAACUAGCCCUUAUUAAUGAACUGCUAGACCCGAAGGUCAAUCCUUUUAAUAUUGGCAAUGAAGCAAUAUUCUGA